UUCAGACACGGAAGUCUGCCACAUUUGUUCAGUGUUGUUGUUCUGACAUUUCAGUAUCUCUUAUUUGUUUGUUAAAAAAUUCAACAUAAAAUACGUUAAAUAUUGUGAUAUAUGGUGUUUCAAUCAAUUAGGUAGCCGAUUCAAGUCGAUUCAAUGCUGAUCAUGUAAGCGGAAGUUUGGUGGCACCGACAUCAGGCUGCAUCCCCUGAGGGAGAUGGAGGAGCUGUACACUUUAGAGAGGGAGGUGGGAAGAGGCAGCUAUGGCGUGGUAUUUGCUGGCCAUAUGGCCAAAACAGGACAGAGGGUGGCUAUCAAGCGUCUUCCCUGCAGCAACCCGGAGUGCAUUGAGCUCUACCUGCAGGAGCUGUGGGCCAUGAGAGCCACUGCCAAGAACCACGUCAAUGUCAUCGCACUGCACAGCUGCCUCCUGCAGACUGGGCCAAGGAGCCUGAAGCCACUAAAACCAGGAAAACUGCCUCCACGUCUGGUUGAGAGUGUGCUGAAGGGAAGUGUAGUCAAAGCACCACCAAAUCAGGAUGGGAAUAACACCCAGCCGAGGACUAACACUGUCUCAAGACUUCAGGACAGGACCAACACUGUGCAGGCCAGACCUAAGCUCCAGGACAAGACUCAAUCUGACUCCACAACCCCUCAAAGGCCUCACAACCGAGCCAGGAAGAGGCCGUUUCAGAGCGAGGAAGAGCAACCGGGCCCCCUGGGCUGCCUGGCCCUGUGGCUGGUAAUGGAGUACUGUGACGGGGGCGACUUGAAUCAGUACCUGCUCUCCAGGCCACCAGACCCCCAGAGGAACCACAGCGUGGUGAAGCAGCUCUGCAGCGCGGUGGCCUUCCUGCACAGUCUGGGCAUCACACACCGAGACCUGAAACCGGACAAUGUGCUGGUGUGUUUGACACCAAGAGGCCCCGUCGUGAAGGUGGCAGACUUUGGUCUGAGCAAGAUGGGUGGAGGUGUGGUGGACGGAGAGCUGACCCGGCAGCACUUCUCCUCCACUUGCGGCUCUGACUUCUACAUGGCUCCAGAGGUGUGGGGCGGACUCACCUACACAGCCCAGGCGGACAUCUUCUCCCUGGGAGUGAUGUUCUGGGCCGUCCUGGAGAGAAUCACCUUCCUGGAAGAGGGCACCACGCAGGAGCAGCUUGGUGCCUACGUGUGUAAGGGUCGCUCAGGCUGGCUGAUUCCUCUGGGGGAGGCUUUGUGGGAGAACGCCGACAUCCAGCUGUGCAUCCCCAUGAAGUUUAAGAGAGCCCCCCCACUGCCGCCCCCUCCAGGCCCAGCCAUGUGCACCCUGCUUUUAGACAUGCUCGCUUCCGACCCGGACACUCGGCCCCCGGCGGAGCAGCUGGAGGCCAGAGUGUGCUCGGCUCUGAAAAAGGACUCCCACUGACGGUGGGGCACUUAAGAGACCACAGAGGCGGCCCCCAGAACAGCCAGUACAGGAGGAUAUGGACAGUGGGUCUCUGACGUGUGUAAGUCACUUAGCUGCCACAGGGAAGAAGAAAUAUGUUUGAUUGCAUGGGAUCAAAGCUUUCCUUGUCAUGGAAUUACAAGCUCAAUGUCUAACGUUCAGGAAACCGCAUAAAGGGAAGUAAACAAAACACGCAACGAUAUUCAAACGGGUCAAUAUAAAGAUCUGGAGGGAGCUCUGGCUCUAUGCUUGAUGUAAGCGCCAUGAAGCUUGACAUAGAAAAUCAAUUUUGGUGUUUACGUAUGGCUGAAAUUUAACUGAUUACUGAUGCUGUGUUCCUACCAGGGUCAGCUGUGUUGUCAUGACUUGUCUCAGCUUUAUUUCUCUAACUUUGACAUUAUUAGAUAUUGAGCCUUUUCUGUUGGAAAAUAUAUGCGUAAUGCCUUCCAGCCCUGUUAUCCGUUAAUAAAUACCACUGUUGUUCAAAACGAAA